AUGCUAGGAGUUUCCGGGUUAAUAGACAGUUCAGGGGACGGCGCCGCGGCGGCUGAAGCUCAGGAAAGUGGUGGUGCUAUUGGUGGCACUGGUGGUGGUCAAGUGGGUGUGUUUGAGACAAUUACUGGUGGAUUCAGUGAAGAAGAGAAGGUGAGAAUGGAGGAAGGAGAGAGAAAUUCUGGUGGAAACCGGUGGCCUAGACAAGAAACACUGGCUCUUUUGAAGAUAAGAUCGGACAUGGAU